UACUUAUCUAGCAUUGCAAGCAAGCAUCUAUUUUCUUUUCUCUUCUUGUCCUUCUCUUAUAAUCUCAUUGUCGAUUUUAGCGAGCACUUCUCUUAACCACAAGAAUACCAUCUCACAAGGUCGUUUAUUGCUUACAAUAUGUUCGGGAAAAACAGUGGAGGAAAGCAAAAGUAUUUUUCUAUUCGCGGAGUUGUUUGACAUUGUCUACGGAGUAUUUACAACGUAUGGGCAAGCUCGUCAUCGACUCCGUGAUAGAGCUCUUAAGAAGAUUGGAAGGAAUUGGGUUUGAAAUUGCAAAAUCUGAGUGGCCGAAAUGGAGAGUAUCUCAUUUUGCUUUGCGACUUCUCUCUUUUCUGCGCAUACGGCAGGGCUCAUUCUGGAGGUUGAGCUUGGUCUCACUUCCGCCAAUGUUGCGCCCGCUCGCCACAGUCGCUAACCCUGUUGUCUCUAAUUUCGUUUUCCUUGCUGAGGCAGCGAAGAUACCCUUCUCAAAUACAUGGAUCAGAACCCCGCCAAAUUUGCCCCUAAACGCAUUUUUUUUAUUUGUUUCUUUUACACAUUACAAAUGCUUUCACACCUUCGAGGCUCUGUAUGUAAGAGGAACGAAAAAAUUUAUUCAUCAAUUUGCGGUCGGGUCAGCCACAAUUCUCCUUUCCAAUUUACCAAGCUAUGUUCAUACGGCUUCGGCUUCUACAUAGCGUCGUAAUCCUCGUUGAAAACGUUUCCUGAAACCUACACGGAGAUUCUAAGCCUAAAUUAGACCAAUCUACUCCACAUUUGAAAUGACGAGCUCCAA